AUGGCCGGUAAGCAAGAUGCAGCGACACGCGACACGCCGAGGAGGCGGUUGCGCACCCCUCACGCCCUCCCAGCGCGCACAGCAGCUCCCACGCCUGACCCGGAAGCUAACCUGCCCUGCACAGACGAGACGCGCCGCUCUGGCCGUGCCAACAAGGGCCACCACAGGACAAGAGAUGCGCUCGACGAGCCUGCCACCGCCCAGAAGCCAAAGGGCAAGGCGGCAAAGCCCGGCCGGAAGACAGCGACCCCGGCCGAGACCCCGACACAGUCCGUCGAGCCCGAAGCAGAGGAAGCAGAGGACGAGGGAGAGGAAGAGGAGGAGGAAGAGACCAUCUACCGCUGCGUCUGCGGCGUCCAGCGCGAGAUUGGCGGCCGCGACAUGAUCUGCUGCGACAACUGCGACGCCUGGCAGCACAACAUCUGCCUGAACCUGCCGCCAAGUGACAUCUGGGGCGACAAGCCGUACUACUGCGAGCAGUGCAAGCCCCAGGACCACUCCGACCUUCUCGCCGCCAUCGAGCGUGGAGAGAAGCCGUGGGCGCGCAAGAAGGGCGCCAAGAGCAAGCCGCGAGCCAGCGACGUCAAGCCCGAAUCCCACACACCACAGCCCAGCAGCGCUCCCAAGCCAGCUGCCUCCAAGCCGGCUGUCGACGCCACCCCCACCCCCACCCCCACCCCCAAGGAGAGCUCCAACGGCACCGCUCCACCAAAGGCAUGUCAUCCCCUCGCCCUGCCUGCCAUCCACUUCCAUGCUAACCACCACCGCCACCAGCCGGAAGAGACGCCGAAGAGCCAGCCCCAGUCUCCACUGGGCGAGAAGCGCCGCCGCGAGUCGAUUGCGGACAAGGACUCCAAGACUAAGAAAAGACGCAAGUCGAGCCAGCACCAGGACAAGUCCGCCGCCAAGUCCGCAGACGUCGCCUCUCUGCCGGAUAAGCAAAGGGCCAUUGCCGAGAAGCUGCAAGAGACCAUGGUGCCUUUGAUUACCGAGGCCUCGAACGCCAGAGGCUACAGCAUCCCCGACGCCGAGACGGCGCAGUCGCUCGCUACACGCUUCGUCCUGCAAAUCUGCCGCGCUGCCGUCGACCACCAUGGCGAGCCGUCCGGCCCAGACUCGCCGUUUGCCCUUCGCCUACGCGCCAUCAUGUUCAACGUCAAGAAGAACGCCUUCCUCGUCGAUCGCCUCCUGUCAGGCAGUCUGAAAGCGGACGAGCUAGCCACCAUGGCCACGGAGGAGAUGGCGAGCGAAGACAAGCAGCGGGAGUAUGCUGCCAUGAGGGAAGCUGCCGAGAAGCAGCUCAUCUUGACCGACGAGACUGCGCCCCGAAUGCGCAAGACACACAAGGGAGACGAGCUGGUAGAUGACGAGAACGCAAACGACAACACCGAUUUCCACGCACCGCAACUGAGGGAGCGAGAAACCGAGGACGAGGACCAAAGCACGCGCCCACGUUCUUCUGGCCGUGAUGGUCCCUCUCAAACGCCAGUCGAUGCAGCCCAUCCACUUCCCGUCGACACAGACAGUGCCCGACGACCCUCGACCAACUUCGACAUCAACUCCGUCUUCGACAAGGUCCGAUCGCCACAGAACAAGCAGCAAGCAUUCAUCCCUCGCAGGCAGAGUUCCAUGCAGGAGAAGCCUCAACAGUCAGUCGACGACGCAGACGUGGAUCGACUGCUCAAGGAUGAAGACAACGACGUGGACAUGUCUGGAUACUCGACCGAUCCCACGGUAUGCUGGCAGGGCUCCGUUACCAUGCAGUCCAUGGAGCCGUUCGAUGCCGUUGCUCGAUUUGUGGCGGGUGGCGACUUCGGCCAAGUCGUGCCUUGGGAGAAGCUGCUCACCAAGCAAGUCUCCAUUCAAGGCCGCAUAGAAAACGCCAAGGGUGAUGACUACAUUCGCGGCAUUGCGAGGUCUGAGAGUCACGAGGUGGCCAUCCUCGCUGUUAGUCCUGUCACCUCGGAAGGACGAUCGGUGUUCGACCACCUUUACGAGUACUUCCACUCCAGACAACGCUGGGGCGUUGUACCCAUCGAUGCAGGCAACGAGAUCAUGCGAGACCUCUACAUCAUCCCGAUUGAAGCAGGCGGCAGCAACCUACCACCGUUUAUCGACAUGCUCGAGCACUGCACCAUCGAGACGCCGCGCAAAGAACACAUGCUGCUGCUGACCCUCAUCGCCAAACUCCCUGAAGUCAAGCCCCAGCUUCCUUCCACCGAACACUUCGAGCGCUACCCGGCUCAGGACGUCGCCAUCAAUCAGAUUGCUCAGCCUGCACCACCAAUGGUGGCCCAAAAUGGUGUGCCAAACGGCCCCAGUCCGUCGCCAGUCACCAUGACCAACCCUCACGCACCCCAAUACUCACCCAUGGCCGGAAACUUUCCGCCUGCACCCUACGGCAACCCGUACGCUACACCGCCUAUGGCUACCGCUCCACCUCCACAGCCCCAGCCCGCCGCGAACGCCCCAGCGCACCACCGUAUUCCUAAAGCGCUUGAGCUCCUAGGCCCGUACAUUGACUCUCCUGUAGUCAUCCAGAUGCUCAACAGCUUCUCGCAGAACGAACAGGUUGCGCAAAGGCAGAUGAGCAGUCUCAGAGACAUCUUCGACCAGGUUCCCGAGGCAAGAGAGAACAUACAGGUGCUGACGCAGCAUCUGGCGCAGAAGAGUGAGCUGCAGCAGCAACAUGCAUCGUAG